AAUGCAAUAGUGUCAAGCCUCCAGCUGUCAAUCAAGAUAAAUGGUCUCUUUAAAACCCCUAUCAGUUUCGGCGUUUCGUCAUAGUUGGAUACUGGCCGCUGUCAGGAGCGAAAGGACGUAGAAGCAGCGCACACUUGCCGCAACAAGAGCUCCUUGGAUGAGGAGUUUAUGUUCAGGCUUCCGUGGAAUAUAAAGGUGCGCAAAUGCGUUGGAUCAUGUUAGAUGCCUUUUACUGUAUUUAGUGUGCGUCAGUGUUGCACAAGAAGGCGAAUUGCCUUAUCCACUUUUAGUAAAAGUGAUCUCUCCGAGCAAGGAUUCAAUUAGUCCGGCGAACUGAGAUAAGCGGAUACUGAGACGCAGGCACGUCUUGAGUGAAAUGGAUCUGAAGGCGCUGGGCUCCGUGGUGCUCUUACCUAUUCAGAUACUGUACUAUGUUGUCAGGGCGACCGUGUGCUGGUUCUUGCCGAGCAAGCGAAGAGAUCUGACCGGAGACGUGGUGCUUAUCACGGGUGGCGGACGGGGCAUCGGCCGUCACCUGGCCAGGGAGUUCGCCAAGCGUGGGGCUAAAAAGCUAAUCCUGUGGGGUCGAACGGAAAAAUGUCUUCAGGAGGCAUGCGAGGAGAUCGCCAUCUUGGGGACGGAGUGCCAUUACUUUGUUUGUGAUGUGGCAAACAGGGAAGAAGUUUACAAGCAAGCCAAAGUUGUCAGAGAGAAGGUUGGAGAUGUUACCAUUCUAGUGAAUAAUGCUGCAGUGGUGCAUGGGAAGAGUUUGCUUGACAGUGAUGAUGACGCGCUUCUGAAGACACAACAUAUCAAUACAAUGGGACAGUUUUGGACAACAAAAGCCUUCCUGCCUCGCAUGUUGGAACUCCAAAAUGGCCAUGUUGUGUGUGUCAACUCCAUCCUGUCUCUGUCGCCCAUCCCUGGUGCAAUAGACUACUGCACCUCUAAAGCAUCCUCACUGGCCUUCAUGGAGAGCCUCACUCUGGGACUUCUGGACUGCCCUGGGGUGGCCUGUACUACUGUCCUCCCAUUCCACACCAACACUGAAAUGUUUCAGGGCAUGAGAGUCAGGUUUCCCCAACUCUUUCCUCCUCUAAAGCCGGAGGUUGUAGCCCAGAGAACAGUGGAUGCUGUCAGAACCAAUACAGCCUUUGUUUACCUACCAUGGACCAUGCAUGCGCUCGUUAUUCUCAAAAGUGUCCUACCACAAAGUGCCCUAGAAGAAAUCCAUAAGUUCUCAGGAAGCUACACCUGCAUGAAUACUUUCAAGGGACGGACAUGAGAGGCCUCGAGACUGCACAAGGAGUUCCAAGUGUUACAUAAUUUCAAACAAACUGUUUUAAAGUUGAACAACAACAAUGGAAUUCUGGUGGAAAUGAUGUAGCUCUUCGGGUUUUCCAGAGGCAAUUUGUCAAGGAAAGACAAGACAAAGGGACACACUCUGGUGCCUCAUAUUCAGGACCACUUACAGGUCACCUUUGACCUCUGUUUUGUGUUGUUGAACCAACACGGAUUGGGCAAAACAAAGCCUCAAUCAACUACUGUACUGUAUGUGUACUUUAAUGUUUUAAAAGAUAACUCUUUUAACUACUGUCACUGUAAAUUUAGAAUCUGAAUAAACAGCCGUU